AUGUUCAAAAAAAGAGGGGAAGAGUGCUCGAAACCUACGUCCCAAAGCACAGCAACAACGAGAAAGAAAAAUCUCCACGGAACGUCGCGGCAACCAACCGAGACCCAGAUAGUCCAAACAAGUCACCUACUCAGCACAAUGUCGCACCGCUCGCGUCUGGGGGGUAUGCUCGCAAGAGGUCUAGCCUCAAGGGUUUCCGCGCGCGCAGAGGGGAGGGGUAACGACAAAGGCGGCAAGCGAAAUGUCGAGACCAGCAGAUCCAAGCAGGAGCCGAGAACAUCAAGCCAGAACCGGGAAGAAGACGAGGGCGAGUGA